AUGACUGCUGAGAAUUUUGACGACGACUACUAUUACUACUACUACGACUACUAUCGUUUUGUGGAAUUCAUAUUUUCCUGUGGCACUCUGCUGCCCCUCACGGUCCCCCUGAUCAUAGCUUUCAGCGUUUCCGUGGCAGUAGGACUGGUUUUGGGGGCCCUGGUCUACGUGUUUCUGACUUGGUUGUCGCGGCGCAGUGCAGGCUCUGCGCGUAUCACCAGGAGCCCCCCUCCACGCCAAUCUCGCACCUCCCCUAGAAACCACCCCGGUUUCAACCGCAGCAGCAGCAGCAACAGCAACAACAAGAGCCAUGACCGGCGGAGCAACAACAGCCUGCUGAGCGCCGCUUUCACCUUCCACCGUCAGAAUUCGAGCCUGGAUCCCCUCGACCCGCUGGGGCACAAGUCGAGCUUCAGGGCGUCCACUUUCCACCCUCUCCUCCACUGUAGCCAGAUAGCCAGAGAGGCGGAGGAAGGGAGCCAGGCGUCGCUGCCCCGCACACCGGUGUUGACCACCUCCACCGGAUCAGCCCACGCGACCGGAACCCUAGCCAGACCCCAUUCGUUUUGGGGGGACGGCAUAAGGGGUUUUCAGGCUACACAAACCCCUCCUCCUGCUUAUGAGAGCAUUAUCCGGGCCUAUCAGGAAACGCACACCUAG